AUGGUUAUGUACUGGCCCAUGGUUCUUGUCCAAGGCAGGGACCAGUAUGCGGAGAUGCUGAGGGAGGAAGUAUUUGGCGGGGCGGAGAAUGAGGGAAGGGCAGUGGAUCCCUCUAUAAUCAGCCAGGAAGAUGAGACAGUGGAGGAAUCUGUUUUGUUUGAUCCCGUGACACAGACUCCUGAGAGGAGGGAGACUCUGGACAAUAGUGGUUCCACCUCAUCCUCAUCCUUUUUCCACCAUUCCCAUCAAACCAACAUGUUCCAAAAGCCCCCUGGCACCCACCACUGGCAAAAGAAAGCACAACUUUGCUCACAUGAUAGUGGUUUUGUCAAAGAGGGCAAAGAGGGCAGCUCCAUCCUGGUGCUUCACAUCCCCACCCCCUGUUCCCAGGCCCUGAAGGCCAUCUCACCCCCAGCACACCUGCCCAUGCCCCGGGACAUCAAGUGGUCAGCACCCGGACCCCAUAGCACCUCCAACCAGCAAGGGAAAGGGAAAGGCAAGGGUGGUGGUAGGGAUUACGAGGGGUGUAGAGGAUCUGCAGAGAAAGAAUUGGGCCACCCCAGGGAGCACGCAAGCUGGUUUACCAGCGCCAUAGAUAGCAUCCAAAAUAUGGACGGUAUAAAAGCCAAGCCUGGAAAAAAAGGAGAGGAGGGCAGAUAUGAUGCUGUUAUUGUAGCACAUACUGAUGAAGCAGAGGCAACAGGCUUGCAAGGGAUGAAGGUUGGGAGAUUGAGGGUCAUAUUCUCACUCCCAGAUAUCCUUUAUUCUUACAACAUUGCACCUCAUCCAUGGCCCAAAGGCCCUUUGGCUUACGUGGAGUGGUACAAAAUAUCAAGCCAGUCCCUCAGGCAAAUGGUGUUGCAUCUGGUGCUAUUAUUCUACUGGGGAACAUACAUCAAAGUUGUCAUCUGGUUCCUCUUACUGGACCUCGAAUUGUUUGGCCAUCUACUUGAAGGAUAG